UGUCCUCAAAACAAAAACACACACGCCACACCCCUCAAAAAAAGCAUCAAACCAAAACCAAACCAACGGUGUUGAUACAACCCUCCUGUGUUCUCUCCAACGUCCGAUCACACUCAAUCUUUCACUCUCGCGCCCAUUUUUAGAAACUAGGUAGGGUGGUUUGAAUGGCAGAAGGUGGUCCAACAAGUCCAGGUGGUGGUGGUGGUGAGAGUGGGGGGGAUCUGAGCCCAAGAUCAGCUAACGUUCGAGAACAAGACAGGUUCUUGCCUAUUGCCAAUAUAAGCCGGAUCAUGAAGAAAGGGUUACCCCCAAAUGGAAAGAUUGCUAAAGAUGCUAAAGACACUCUUCAAGAGUGUGUUUCUGAGUUCAUCAGCUUUAUCACCAGCGAGGCAAGUGAUAAGUGUCAAAAGGAAAAGAGGAAAACCAUUAAUGGUGAUGAUCUGCUAUGGGCAAUGGCAACCCUGGGGUUUGAAGAUUAUAUUGAACCACUCAAAGUAUACUUGAAUAGAUAUAGAGAGAUGGAGGGCGACACCAAGGGAUCUGGAAAGGGUCUGGAUGGAUCUUCUAGGAAAGACGGUGAUCAUAAUGUACAGGUUGAAUACUGCAAUCAAUAUUUAUAAAAAAAAAAAGCUUGCUACUCAAGAUUUGUAUUCACUGUGCCUGAAUUAUGGCAACUCACAGCAGCAGUCUCAACAUUUAAUGGUGCAGAUGCAAGGCAGAGAGUAGCUUUUAGGAUGACCUUAUUUUAAUCUUAAUGUGUUAAGCCUUUCAACGGUUAAGUUAUCUGUUAGUUGUAAAGUAUACAUUGUGACGUAUUCCCUAAGUAGGCUUCACAUUUCCUGUUUGUUAGAUUAAAAGCCUAGAAUUAAAAUUUAUCUAACUUUAUGUAUGGACUAUGGAUGUUAGGAAAUCUACUUGAAACCAGCUUUCGGGAUAACUUAGUUCCAUCUGGAUGCAUCCGACUCUGGAGAUUUUCAAUAUCGUUGUUGCUACAAAUAGCUUUUUUUCUUC